UAUCGCCUGCUUUUUUGUGUCGUAUCGAGCUCGGACCCUACGGGGAGGAACCCUCUAAGCUAAUUAUUAAACGCCUCGAUUAACAUCCAGCAACCUGUAUUUGAUUUUUUUGAACAUAAGAGGAUCAAAACAGUUUUGCUUUACAAUGGCAACAUUUCUGGUGUUAACGCUGUUGACUCUGUCGUCCUUCUCUUCUCCCGUGCAAGCCGAAAUCUUCACGUCAAUCGGCCAAAUGACAGACCUGAUAUUUGCAGAGAGGGAGCUUGUCCAGUCCCUGAAGGAAUACAUUGAAGCAGAAGAGUUGAAACUCGAAGCUGUGAAGAGCUGGGCUAAUAAACUGGAUAUGUUGACCCGUGCAUCCACGUCGGACCCUGAAGGCUUCCUGGCUCACCCGGUGAACGCCUACAAGCUGAUGAAGAGACUCAACACCGAGUGGUCCGAGUUAGAGAGUCUGGUGCUGCAGGACCCGUCCGAUGGCUUCAUAUCAAACAUGUCUGUGCACAGACAGUAUUUCCCUGAUGAGGAGGACGAGAAGGGAGCAGCCAAAGCGCUCAUGCGUCUGCAGGACACGUAUAAACUGGACUCGGAAAGUUUCUCCAAAGGCAAACUGCCAGGUCAGAAGCAACACUCUGGGGUGCGCUACAACGCUCAGCUGACAGUGGAUGACUGCUUUGACAUGGGGAAACUGGCCUACAAUGAGAAUGACUACUAUCAUUCAGUGCUGUGGAUGCAGCAGGCGCUCAGACAGAUGGACUCGGGAGAAGACGCCAAGACGCCCAAAGCUGAUAUUUUAGAUUAUCUGAGUUACUCCGUCUAUCAGAUGGGUGACCUGUCACGAGCUAUCGAACUCACCCGACGCUUGGUGGCCAUCGAUCCCAGCCACCAGAGGGCAGGAGGAAACCUGCACUACUUUGAGCGGCUGCUCUCUAAGGAGCUGAGGGACUUGGGUCGGAGCCAGCAGGAGCCUGCGGACGAGAGGCCCAUUCAGCUGGACACUUAUGAGCGGCCCAAAGACUACCUGCCCGAGAGAGAGGUGUACGAGGCCCUCUGCAGGGGAGAGGGAGUCAAAAUGACUUCAAAGAGACGUAGCAGACUGUUGUGCCGUUAUCAGGAUGGCAACAGGAACCCGCGUCUGCUGCUCAAGCCAAUGAAGGAGGAGGAUGAGUGGGACAGUCCUCAUAUCGUUCGCUUUCUGGAGGCCCUCUCUGAUGAAGAGAUAAAGAAGAUCAAGGAGCUGGCCAAACCCAAGCUUUCAAGAGCCACAGUCCGAGAUCCAAACACCGGUGUUCUGACGGUCGCCCAUUACAGAGUUUCCAAAAGCGCGUGGUUAGAAGAGGAAGAUGAUCCAGUGAUCGCUCGGGUCAAUCAGAGAAUAGAGGACGUCACUGGAUUAUCUGUAAACACUGCAGAACUUCUACAGGUGGCUAACUAUGGCGUUGGAGGUCAAUAUGAACCACAUUAUGAUUUCUCAAGGAAAGAUGAACCUGAUGCUUUCAAAUCAUUAGGCACUGGAAAUCGUGUGGCUACUUUUUUAAAUUAUAUGAGUGAUGUUGAGGCUGGUGGGGCGACGGUUUUCCCUGAUUUCGGUGCUGCUUUUUGGCCUAGAAAGGGAACAGCUGUGUUCUGGUACAACCUCUUUAAAAGCGGAGAAGGAGACUACAGAACCAGACAUGCGGCCUGUCCUGUUCUAGUCGGCAGUAAAUGGGUUUCAAACAAAUGGAUCCAUGAGAGAGGACAAGAGUUCAGACGCCCAUGUGGCCUGACUGAAGAGGACUGAUCCUGAGCUCGGUUCCAGCCGCAGUUCUGCAAACACGGACACAAUCAGACACUCCAGAUUCCUCAGGAACGCACAUGAGUUCCAGUCAGGCAGGCUGGGGUUUGUGGGCCAUUUCUCUUUUAUUGAGUGUUUUCAUUCACCCCUUCCUUAACAUUUCUUGGCAGAUUAAACCGGAGUAUUGUGUCAUGACGGAAAUCCCAUCGUGUUUAUGUAAUGCAUAAAUUAUUGUCCUGUUCUUCAGUGUUUAUUUUAGAUUCUUAUAUGGUUUGCAAUAAAAUGUCUGAA